CGGAGUACACUGUGGCAUGUGCCUUGGAUUAGGACAUUUCACUGAGGAUUAGAACUGUGCAGCACUCCGAUGGCAACCUGUGGAAAAGACAUCUGUAAGAUUUGAACUAAUCCUGUCUACAAUUUGGCUGACGACUGGAGUUAGCAGCUGCAGGAUGAUCCCGUACCUGCAGAAGGAGAUCCAUAAGCACUUAGCUGAACGUGGGACGCGACAAACUCGCCUUGUGACCAAGGAUGGCCGCUGCAACAUAGAGUUUGGCAACAUCAGAUAUCCCAAUCAUAUUGCUUUCCUUAUGGACUUUUGGACAACUUUUGUAGAGAUUCGUUGGCGUUUUGUUUUAUGCUACUUUGGCUUGGCCUUUACUGGUAGCUGGUUUAUCUUUGGCCUGUUAUGGUAUUCAAUUGCUAAAAGUAACGGUGACCUGCUGGGACAGAAUUCAACAGACGGUCACGUCAAAUGUAUAGAAAAUGUAAAUGGUCUAACAACUGCUUUUCUUUACUCUCUUGAGACACAGACAACGAUUGGAUAUGGUGGCCGUGCUUUAACUGGGCACUGUGUUUGCACAGUCAUACUGAUCAUCAUUCAGUCCCUCAUAGGAGCCAUUAUAAACUGUUUCAUGUGUGGGCUCAUUUUGGCCAAGAUAUCUCUCCCAAAGAAGAGAGCAAAAACAGUGACUUUCAGUGAAACAGCUGUUAUCUGCCUGAAGAAAGGUAGUCUCUGUCUGCUUAUAAGGGUGGCCAACUUGCGAAAGACCUUACUGAUUGGGAGUCAUAUUUAUGGCAAGCUGCUUAGGACCACUAUUACAGCAGAAGGAGAAACCGUCAUCUUGGACCAGAUCAGUAUAGACUUCACUGUGGAUGCAGGCAAGGACAAUCUUUUUUUCGUUUGCCCACUCACACUCUAUCAUAUCAUUGACAAGAGCAGCCCAUUCUGUGAGAUGUCAGCAGACACCCUGCACAAAGAGGAGUUUGAGCUGGUGGUGUUCCUGGACGGGACUGCUGAAUCCACCAGCUCCGUGUGUCAAGUGCGAACCUCUUUUAUCCCACGUGAGAUCCAGUGGGGUCACAGCUUCCUUCCGAUCGUGUCGCGCACUAAAGGGGGCAAGUAUCGCGUGGACUUCUCUAACUUCUCCAAGACAGUGCCUUCAGCAACGCCACACUGUGCCUACUGCUUCCACAAUGACAGUCAGCAUGACCAUAAUCAUCCACAGAAAAAACAAGGUAUUGACAACACUGGAUUUGAGGUGAUUGACAUUGAUCAAUCUACAGAUAAUACAGCUAUCUGAUUGACAGUUUCUUGAAGUGUUCAGCCUAAGAGACUAAUCUGAAGGAUGCUAAGAGAAUGUGCUACAUUCACGUUUGGUAUCAAAGUUAAAUGCAAAUAAUCAUAUGCCCUCCAUGUAUGAUAUUUUCAUCUAAAUGAUUAGGUUCGCUAUUUAGAUUUUUUUUAAAUGCAUGGCCUGUGUAAAUCUGCUACCAUGAGAGAACUGUAGCUUUGAUUCGAAUCAUGAACAAUACCAUCUGGUAACCAUGUGAGGAUUAUGUUUUAAGCCCAUUUUAAUGAAAUGAUCAAGGGUCUAAAUGACUUAACCUGAGAUGGAACCCCUGGUGAUUCUCAAAACUGACACUACUAUUAUGUAUAGUAUUUGAGUUGAUUGAUUACUGAGUAUGAACUGUUUAAACUGAUAGGUCAAACCUUGGUUGGUGAAUGAGAGGCCUCAUUUGUACAGGCCAGUGUGCUGGCAGGUUUUAUUAUUAUUAUAUUCAAUUAUUAUUAUAUUAUUACACCUUUCUGUUUCCACUUGACAAGGUGUUGGUGUUUGGUGGGAAAAUACUGCAAAAUAACCACCAUCACGAAGACACAGGCCGUCUGUUCCUGACACUGCCACAUCAAUAAUAUUCUGACCUCAAUGCUCAGACUUAAAUCAAACUAAUCUCAGUUCAUGUAACAUAGUUCAAGGUAGCCCAUCCACUGGGCACAUUUCCAUGAUGGAAUAGGCUUCUCUCAAAACAAACACACUCUCCAGUCUCUGCAAAAUGUGACUUUAUAUGUAGGGCAUUUAUUUGAUUGUAGUUCUGUAUCUAUUGUCAGUUUCGUUUAGUUUAUCGUUCUCUUGUUUUGUGAUAUACAUUUUAUAUUUUACAGCAUGCAUUUUUAUGGUCUUGUUUUAACUUGUUUUAUUUUCUGUUGUAGCCUAUAAUAGGCACACUGCAACUUCAAGGAAUAAAGAUUGAAACUUUUUCUAAAAAACACAUUUAAAACAAAUCCCUGAAAUCAAUUAAUGCUAAUUAAACUCCAGUUUAU